CGGGGGGUCGGCCCCGCCCCAAGCGUUCCGCGCUCGUGCGCUCGGGCUGCGGGUGCUGUGUGGGACCUCGGGCUCCGGGUUGGCGCAUGGGGCUUCGGGGGCCGCUCGGAGCGUGCGAAGCGUCGAGGUGCGCAGCCAAAGCAAAGAAGACGUUCUCAUCAUUUUUGCCAUGAAGAACAAACUAGCUGCUCAGCUGGAACACCUGUUUUUGUGAAUGGGACCUGAGAAUUCUCCCUCGAGUUCCCCAGAGAGGAUGCUGCAGUAUGGGAGCUGAAGACUCAGGAGAAACAGCCCGGGGGUCAGCUCAAUGGCCCUGGGUGAAGAAAAGGCGGAGGCAGAAGCAGCUGCAGAAGGGGCCCAGCCCUACAGGAGAUGGAGCCGUGGAGUGGACCCUGCAGGGCCCGUGCGUGGCGAGCAGCCCCUGCGCCUAGAAGCCGAGGGAGGGCCCGCCUCUCCUGUUUGGGGGGCAGAUGGGCUUCCUGCCCCUGCCUGCUGCGCUGGGACUGACUCUGGCAGCCCUUCUGGAGUUUACCGCCUACCGGCCAAUAACAUCCCAGAAGAGGCAGCGCGCUCUGGCCCGCUUCCUCCUGCCAGCAGGGGGCCUCCUGGAGACCCUCCACACUCCGUGGGGAGCCAGAUGGAGGAGCCCAAGCUUUCUGCCUGCAAGGAGCUACCUCAGUCACCUCUUCCCAGAGCUGCAGCUCUUUGCUCAGGACAUGAUGCGGAUACUGAAGACGACCCCUCCCCAGUGGGUUCGCCCCUGGGACGGGGCCUCAGCCAGCAGCCUCACGUCUCAGGUUUCCCUCUCCCAAGGGCCACAGCUGCCCAGCUUGCCAGCUGCAGCCUCUCUGCCUCCUCCACGGGCAGCAGUCUCCAGGAUCACCGAGAGCCAGUGGAGCCUCAGAGUUGCUCCCUGGCCAAGGUCUCCUCCCUAGAGCUGGUGGUCCCACAGGCAGCCCCCUGUCUGCUGAGGCCAGGGCCUCGGCUCCAGUGGUCACCACUGCCCAGGAACUCUGGGGCUGAUUCUUCUGGCCUCAGCAGGAGGCACCUCUCCUUCCAGGCCGAGUACUGGGCCUGCGUGCUGCCAGAUUCCUUGCCUCCUUCCCCUGACCGCCACUCCCCGCUGUGGAACCCAAAUAAAGAGUAUGAAGACCUGCUGGACUACACUUACCCGCUGAGGCCUGGGCCUCAGCUUCCCCAGCACCGGAACAGCCAUGUGCCGGCUGACCCUGUCCUGCAGGACUCGGGGGUAGACCUGGAUAGCUUCUCUGUCUCCCCCGCCAGUACCCUCAAAUCGCCCACUAAUGUCUCCCCGAAUGGCCCACCUCCAGAGGGCACGGCUCUGCCAUUUUCUGUGGCCAGAGAGUCCCACCUUAAGCAGUGGCCCUCUGGGGUACCCCAGAAACAGGGCAACGUGGGAGUGGCACCUUGGAGCCAGUUGGCAUCUACACCCAGGGCUCCAGGCACCAGGGAUGCUCCUUGGGAAAGCAGAGAGUCAACUCCAAGGGGUGCAAAGGACUCGCUCCCCGUGGGCAAGCAUCUCGAAGUGGGUUCUUCCCAGCUGAGGACUUGGGACAGAGGGUGGCCUUUGCCCAGGCCAGAGAAGGAGAAAGGGGCCAGCCAGAGUGUCCGACGGCCUGCCUGCAUGGGGUCUGGAUGGAGAUCAGAAGACGAAGUAGACAGUGACGACGAAUAUCUGGCCUUGCCCACUCGGCUGACACAGGUUUCUAGUUUGCUUUCAUAUCUGGGCUCCUUCCCCACCUUGAUGACCCUUCCUGGUGGGGCUUCCGAAGGGCAGAGCUCCCUGGAAGUGUCGGACAGUGAUGGGCCGGUUUCUCUCCCAUCGGACUCCAGCCAAAGCCAGCUUCCCUCUGAGGCUGCCCUGAGAGGCUCUGGGGGCUUUGAGAGCCAGAACUGCCGUUUUGUGCGCUCCUUUGUCUGUCCCCAGGACUCUGCAGGGGAAGGCAGUCUGGUGAGCAGCCAGGCUCCAGGGGCCUCCUUGCCUGCCGUGUUGGACCCGUGGCCUUCCUCAGCCCUAGCUGCUGAAGGGCGGCUUCCCGGGGACGAAGAACAGGGGCAGGAAUCGCUGGUGCAAUGUGUGAAGACAUUUUGCUGUCAGCUGGAAGAACUGAUCCGCUGGCUGUAUAAUGUGGCUGACGCCACAAACCCCGGGACUCCAUCCAGCCCCAGCCUCGCAGCUCUCAAGUCUUCUCUGCAGCUCUACCGGCAAUUUAAGAAAGAUAUAGACGAACACCAGUCCCUGACAGAGAGCGUCUUACGGAGGGGAGAGAUUCUCCUUCAGUGCCUGCUGGAUAACGCCCCAGUUUUAAAGGAUGUCCUUGGGAGGAUCGCAAGGCAGUCUGGCGAGCUGGAGAGCCAUGCAGAUCGCCUGUAUGACUCUAUCUUAACUUCUGUGGACCUGCUGGCUGGCUGUGCCCUCAUCCCUGAGAACAAGCCAAUGACAGCAAAAGAGCGCCCAAGUGAAAGAGUUUAACCUGGCAGCUUCUCAGACAGAUGCACUGCGUCAACCAAAAGUUGGUUUAUGAGAAGACAACUUUGAAAUGUUCUUGCAAGAGCCAUUUAAUAUUGUCAAGCAGGAAACUUAACUCUAACACAUGAGCUUUAAAAUGCCUUUCUCUUCUUGAAGUAAGGGCUGUUAAGUUACUACCUUUAUUUACAGUGAAUCCUUCCCAAACUAAGGUUUUCUGUUUGGUGCUUCUCUACAAAGAGCACAUGGCUUUGCAAUUUUUGAUCAAAUAAGACAGCUAUUGUCUCCUCUGUCCAAUUUAAAACAGGCAAAGCUCUUAUACUAUUCCACUUACAACUAAGAGAGUUGGUAUUGUCAGGCAUUUUUAUAAAAAAGAACACAACAGACUGAAAAAAGUGAAUGGCUGGCCAGAAACCUUGGGUCUUUCCAUAAAAUGAUGCUUAGGUUUGUAAGUGUGUCUUCAGAGACUUUUACUCUGCACAAGAAAGGGCAUAUAAAUGAAGAGAACCUGUACAGAUUACUUUGGAUAGUUAUGACACCUUUUGUCAUCUCCAGGGCUUAGGUCUCCAGCUUCCUGCCCGUUAUCUUCAAAUGCAUCAGGGACUUGGGAGAACUACCAUUGUCCUUCAGCAUGGCUAUGGGUACUUCUGGAAGAAUUUGUUCCUCCAUUCCUACUCCUCCUCCUACUCUCAGGUCACAGAAGGGAAUGGUUAAAAUCACAUACCCUGGUUAACUACAUAAACUAAACCUGUCAGAGAAGUAAGGGAAUUCUUUGUUGCUUAGGAGUUGACAUUUAAAUAUUUUCAUAGAAAACUACAACAGCAACAACAAUGGAUCAACCACUUAAAACAUCCAUUCUCUAACUUACUGAAGCAAAUGGCCAGUUUUUGCUAACAACCACAGACUCCACAAAAAAGUGCUUUAAAUCUUCUGGUUGGGCCAUGAAUGAAUAUUGGAAAGAAGAAAGCACAGUACACUCACACAGUAGAAACAAAAGUUCUAUGAAAUGUGAUUUUUCUGCUUCAGAAUAUCUCAGACUUUAGAGUCAUGGGAGAAAAGCUGUUAAAUUUUAAUAUUGAAAGAUCAGCCACUCAAUAGUAGCUACACAGAAAAAUAUAGUAUUUCAAGUGCCUGCUGGUACUAUGGCAUGAUCAGAAUUAAACUGCCUUCUGAUUCUACCAUCUCCAUCUUAAUGUUGGUCCCAUACAUAGUGAGAUUUUAAAAAAUGACAUCUCCCUAGGAAAUCACUACCAAUUAUAAGCAUAAAUGUAAAAGUUUAAAAAAAUCUAAAUUGACUUUUUAAAAAGUUAUGUAUAAUGGCCUCUUUUUAAUGGAUACAUUUCAACUUCUUUUUGAUGAAACCGGAACAGGCCUUUGCAACAUAUGUUACAGGACAGCCUUUAGAGUUAAAUAUGUUUAGAUACUGGUAUUUGACAGUCAUGAAAAUAAGUCUGUUGGCAUAAAAACCAGAAGGUGACAAUACCAUAGAAACAAACUGUCCAGUAUUAUACCAUAGAAUACACAAUGUGGCAAUCUCUUGUCAUUCAGCCUAACAUUCAGCUGACAGGAAUUUUCAUAGAAUAUUCUACUUUACCUGGAAGUAAUCCUAAGAUAUUUUUUGUUCAUUCUGUUUGAAAUAAAGUAUGACUGACUAUAGGGUGCUAACUCAAUCUGGUUGUUGAUACCACCAAAGAGUAUGAAACACCUCCCUUAAAAUGGUGAAACUGUCUGAACCAAGAAUAUGUUGCCAGCAUUUCCCCGCACAAACUGGCUAGCUGGUGCAGUAUGCUACCACCCUAGAAUAAAAACUUAGCCCUAUUAAAUUUAUGGAAAUUGAGUCCACAAGGAAGUGGUAAUAAUAGCUGAAUUUGCCUUGCAAUUGCAAUUAACAAUUCUAAACUAAUCCUAGACCUCAGUGGUUGCAGGUCAAUGGCUAAGCUCAUCAGCAGAUGGAAGGUAUUCAAGUGGCUGUUUCAAAGCAUAAAUGGGAACACCAAGCAAGGGCUGAAUGGCAACAUGCAUGCCAGAGGGAGCUUCAGGUGGGAAGUUACUGCUCAUAUUAAUACUGGCUUUAAAGAUUUCCCAGAGCUUGCUACUGCUUUGAGUUUAGAACACUCUUCACUGUAAGUUAAUUUAUGGCAUCUACCUUUAAAACAUGACAGUUGAUAAUUCCCUUUAAGAAGUAAACAGAUUAUAUUAAAGCCAUUUCUUGAAAUGUUUGUACUUGAAAAUGGAAGUAGAAAUGGGAAUUUUUUUUCAAAACUGCAUUUAUUGGCAUAGACAUAAAAGCAGGUAGUGAAGCAUGCUAAACUGUUUGGUUAAGUCCUAAGCUUGGAUGUCAUAGGGGGAAAAGUACUAGAAUUUCCCAAACUGUCUGUAAAUAUGUUCACAUCUUAAAUUCAUGCGUGUGUUCUGCUAACUCACUAAUAAGCUGAUGGUGUGAACAACUUUUGCUGUAUAAAGCUGAAGUGCAUGGCAUCACAUGGUUUACCUUUUGAAACAUUUAGCUACUUUUUAGAAGUUUCUGAUCCUUCCCCUUUAUAUACUGUAUUGGUUGCAUAAAACCAAACCUUUUGAAACGUUAAAAAAAAAUCCUUCACCCAAAUGAUUAUUGGUAACUUCAGGAAUUUGUCAGUUGCCUUAUGUAAUGAUGAAUAGAUCCAAUAAGCACGUCUAUAAUAAUACAAAGUAAACUAUGAUUUUAUUGUGAAAUUCUCAUAGAUGGAAAAUUAAAGUGAAUAUUUAUUCUGUCCAUUUCAUUUUACAAUAAUCUUGCCACUUAUUUUUGUACCAUGUAUUUCAAUUGCCUGUUUAGUGAAAAAUAAAGAAACCUAUAAUUUU